AUGAAAACUCUACUUCGGUCAGCUGUAGUGACAGCCGGUAUCCUAGCACAAGAGGUGGUCGCACAAGUCCCUUCAGGAUGCUGCGCCACAGCUGCCAUGCUGCGAUUCUCCUGCUCGCAGCUUGUCAUUGAGCGUCUCGACCCUCUAGUGAGCCCCGGUAUCGUUGGGUCACCUCAUAACCAUCAGAUUGUGGGCGGCAACUCUUUCAAUGCGACCAUGACACCCGUCGAUUACGAUCCGUCAAAGGAGUCGAGCUGCACUAGCUGCUCCUUCAGCGAAGAUUUCUCAAACUACUGGACGGCGAACAUGUACUUCAGAGCACGCAACGGCACUUACAGACGAGUGCCGCAGAUGGUCAAUUUGGGACUGAAGGGCGAGGGUGGUAUUACGGUUUACUACAUCCCGCCCUACGAUGGCAAGACCAAAGUCACCGCGUUCAAGCCCGGCUUCCGCAUGCUUGCCGGAGACCCCGGUCUUCGUGCCGCCGAAGGAAUGCAACGCCAGAUCUGCCAUCGAUGCUUCAGCAACAUGCAGCAGGAUCCCUUUGGAGGGGCGCCUUGCACAGGGAAUGACACCGCGGCCUUGCCUUCAAAGAUGUGUGGUGGUGGUAUCAGGUCCACCAUCACUUUCCCAACCUGUUGGGAUGGAAAGAACGUCGACAGUCCUGACCACAAGAGCCAUGUCGCCUACCCGAGCACUGGAACCUUUGAAUCGACGGGCGAAUGCCCUCCGACCCACCCAGUCCGGCUUCCCCAAGUCAUGUACGAAGUGAUGUGGGAUACAACGCCGUUCAACGACCCUGACUUGUGGCCUGAGGAUGGAUCUCAGCCUUUCGUGUACAGUAUGGGCGAUGCCACCGGAUACGGGCAGCACGGAGACUAUCUCUUCGGAUGGAAGGGCGACGCCCUUCAACGGGCUUUGGACGCUCGGUGCACCGGAGACCAAUGUAGCGUCCUGGACAGUCAACCUGUGGAGAAGUUUCAAGCAUGCACCAAGAAAUCUGACAUCCACGAAGACGUGGAUGGAUGGAUGACGGAACUUCCGGGAGGCAUGUCUAUGAGCAGUUAA